UCUGCUUCCGUCAAGAUGGCCGCCAGGACCGCUCGCCGCUCGCGCGCGUUGGAGAGGUGGGCCCGGCUGGUGCGCUCUUUGUCGCGCGGCGAUGACGUACUCCGGAGGAGCGGCGGCUUCUCUCAGCAGCAGCACGGAUCACAGUUUGUGGCGCUUGCGCGAGGGAAGAUGGCGGGCGUCGCCAAUGCUGUCGCCCCGCCGGGAAGUGGGGAUGGUGGGCGACGAGGCGCCUCGGAACAGUCGUUGCUUCAGCCGGACAGCGGGCAGCGGCGGAGUAGUUUCACGGGCGGAGAAUCUCGGUCGCCUCAUCCGUCCCCUGCGCGUUCGGUACCUUCCUCUUCGAGUCCAGAGUUUCCUAAUCCUGGACAACACCACAGAACCGAGACCCUGGGCUUCUACGAGAGCGAUCGUCACAGACAGCAGAAGCUCAGCGGACCCUCAGAUCUUUCGCUGUUGAGGUUCAUCAAUGCAGAGCUUACAAGGGGUUACUUUCUUGAACAUAAUGAAGCAAAGUAUACAGAAAGGAGAGAGCGAGUGUACACAUGCAUGCGGAUACCAAGAGAACUGGAAAAGUUGAUGAUUUUUGGAAUCUUUUUGUGCCUGGAUGCUUUCCUCUAUGUGUUCACACUGCUUCCAUUGAGAGUUUUUCUAGCCAUGUUCAGGUUCAUCACCUUGCCUUGUUACAGUUUACGCUCUCAUCGAGGCCUAAACAUGAGUGGUAGACGUUUGCUGCAGCCUGCUCAGGUCUGUGAUCUUUUCAAAGGAGUUAUACUGGUAAUAUGCUACUUCAUGAUGCACUAUGUUGACUAUUCCAUGAUGUACCAUCUCAUAAGAGGACAAUCUGUUAUUAAACUAUACAUCAUUUAUAAUAUGCUUGAGGUAGCUGAUCGCCUGUUUUCAUCUUUUGGUCAGGAUAUCUUGGAUGCUCUUUACUGGACAGCUACAGAACCAAAGGAGAGAAAAAGAGCACACAUAGGUGUGAUUCCACAUUUUUUCAUGGCAGUCCUGUAUGUCUUCUUGCAUGCUAUCCUUAUAAUGGUCCAAGCGACGACACUCAAUGUAGCCUUCAACUCCCACAAUAAGUCACUUCUUACCAUCAUGAUGUCUAACAAUUUUGUUGAAAUAAAAGGAAGUGUAUUCAAGAAGUUUGAGAAAAACAAUCUCUUUCAGAUGUCAAACAGUGAUAUCAAGGAGAGAUUCACCAACUAUGUGCUGUUACUGAUAGUUUGCCUAAGAAAUAUGGAACAAUUUUCGUGGAAUCCAGACCAUCUUUGGGUGUUGUUUCCAGAUGUUUGUAUGGUGAUUGCCUCAGAAAUUGCAGUGGACAUUGUAAAGCAUGCUUUUAUAACAAAAUUCAAUGACAUCACAGCUGAUGUCUACAGUGAAUACAGAGCAAGCCUUGCAUUUGACCUUGUUAGCAGUCGACAGAAGAAUGCAUACACAGACUACAGUGAUUCUGUUUCAAGAAGAAUGGGCUUUAUUCCUCUCCCUUUAGCAGUUUUACUUAUCAGAGUUGUUACAAGUUCAGUAAAAGUACAAGGAGUCUUGUCUUAUACCUGUGUUGUCCUCUUCUAUUGUGGAUUAAUAUCUCUGAAAGUACUUAACAGUAUUGUGCUGUUGGGAAAAUCAUGUCAAUAUGUUAAAGAAGCAAACAUGGAAGAGAAAUUAUUCAACUCUCCUGCUAUGAGCACUCCAGGCAAACCUCUGGGGAAACCACAAAGCAAGUACAAGUCCACUCAAGGAAUAUCUAUAGAUGAAAACUUGUCUUCUUCGGUGAUCAGUCAGCCUUCACAUCAGAAAGAAAAUGCAGUACCACAACUUGUGACAAGCAAUUCUGAUCAGUUUCUGACAACCCCUGAUGGAGAUGAGAAAGAUAUAACCCAGGACAAUUCAAAUACAAAACAUAGGUCUUCAAAAAAAGAUCUGUUGGAGAUAGACAGGUUUACAAUCUGUGGAAACAGAAUUGACUAGAAUUUUGUAAAUAGGUGUGCUUAAGAUACUGAACUAUUUGGACAGUGAGUGCUAUAAAGAUGGACAGAUGCCAAAUAGGUGCUUCAAUAUUUAUUUUAAAACUUAAAUUAUUAAUGGCCAACCUAUUAAAGAAAAGAACUUGUCUUGAUAAGUUGGUCACAUUUCAGAUCCUUGAUGUUUUGGAAAAUGUGAUGUUUUGAGGGAGAUCUAUAGCUUGAAAAAUCUGCUGCAUCACUUUCUGGAAAAUAACAUGUGACAUUGAUUUAAAUCCAUUUUUGCUCUUAUCAGUCAGUGAUUCCUGAACAUAUCUCUUAUCAAAUUCCCUUCAUUAGAAGGGUAACUUUGGAAAUGUAUUUCAUAUUUAAUAGGAAGCAGCUACGAAAAGGUUUAAAAUUCUUCAUCUGCCAAAUGUCAUUUUCAAACUUUGAGUAGAAUUAAUGAUCCAGAUAUUCUUGUCACUAGGAGAUUGUUCAAUAUAUAUUUCAUCUAAUCUAAAUAAAUGAUAGUUAAAUUAACAACUUAUUGCAUAACAUUUGUCUAAACCAGAAUCAUCUUCAUCAUUGACCAGAAAUUGAUCACAAUGUCAGGAUAAUGAAAUGUGCUUGUUGACUGAGGAAGAAUAACUUUUUUCUUUCUGUUCAAUUUGCUUUGUAUUCUAAAUGUGAAAAUGUUUAGUUUUCCAGUGUAAAAGUGUACAUUCUUGCAGAAAGAAGGACAAUACCAACUUGUGAGAUUGCACUUCGUACUUAACAGAUACUUAAGGUGUAGCUGUGAACCCUUGCAAGAAGUAGACAGAAAAAGUUAUUUGCAUUGUCAGUCUGCUAAAAAAUGGUGUUUAAAAACUUGGGUACAGGAAUUGAGAGAGCUUGCAAUAAAUGUUGGAUUUUAAACAGUAAGUUUAUAAAGUAUAAUAUGUGUACUCUUAGUUCUGUGAAUAGAAUAAUAUACUUUCGGGAAGUGCUUAGCUUUUGGGGUAUAACACACUUUUACUUGAGUGCAUAAGACUUGGGAAACUGGGAGAGGAAGUACAAGAAAUGUUGUAACAGGAAUCAUUGAUGCUCAGUGCAGUGAGGCAGCAUGCUUCACUCCAGAUGCUAUCUUGCCAUCUAUCAACAGCACCUAGUGAACUUUGGUGAAAUAUUUAAUGUCUGCUUUAAACAUGAUUUUAUUAUGAAUAAGGUUAGCAUGUGUUUGGUAGUUCAUUGUAGAAUGACCAAGCAAAAUGUCAGAAGUAAAAAGGAGCCAUGUGGUCAAUACAAAAUAAAAUUAAAAAAAAAAUCAUCAUACAACCUGCAAGCUUUCAUGGAUCAGGACUAUCUACUUCAUCAAGGAUGGACCAGUGUGAAGAACUUAAAAGUCCAAAAAUAUUGCCCAUAACUUCUGAACUUUAAGUUCUUCACAAUGACAAAGUGAAUGGUCCUGAUCCACAAAAGCUUACAGGUGGUAUACAUUUUUUAUUCAUCUAUAAAGGUAUUGCCUGCUCUUGCAUUUAAAUUCAGGAGUGACGUUGAAAGUUUAUUCCUCCAAAGCCACAGAAACUGUUAUUAAGAUAAAAAUCAGCAUAUAUAAAUGAUAUCCUGAUAAACAGGCCUUAAAGAAUAAAAUGUGACUAAACUCUCCACACCUAAAAAAAAAAAACAAUGUGAUGAUCUCUGAUCAAAAGGGCAUUUCUCCCAUUUCUCACAAUUUAUAAGUUCUCUUCAGCUAAAAGUAGCCAAUGUUAUAGAAUUAGGAUUUUAAAGGCUAUGCUCAAAAUCAGCAAAAAUGAUUAUUUCAUCUGUAUGUUCAUUUUUGCAAAUUUUAUUCAUUAAUACUUAAUUCAUAAUAUUGUAAAUCCAUUGUAAUAUAAUUUUUUAUUUAAUUGUUGCUCCAAAGAAAACUUGGAAUGAUUUUUCCCUAUAAAAUGAUAUUCUGUAUGAAUUUUAUGAGUGCAU